CCCAAAUUGCAUCAAAAUUCGCCCACCAGUGCUCAAAGGAAAUUUGAGUCGCAAUGAGGCACGGCACGCAGAAUAUCUUGAUGCUGUCAACUGUGUACUGCGCUUGUUUCGCCCAUACCUGCAGGCGCCAGCCACAGUGUUCCACAACAAACGCUACGUGUCAGGGUGUGACAAGAGCACUCGGAGACCUGCGUUCUCUGAUGUAUAUUCCAUCAGAGAAUGCUGUCCUAUGUGCGGUACCAAAAGCUGGCUGCACAACUGUUCGCCACAUUGCCUACUUCUUGCAGGAGGGUGGUACUCAAAGCAAGGGGGAAGGUAUUCACGCUUGGUGGUUUGGACACAAGAUGAACAUGCAAAAUAUGAAUAUUAACAAAAGAAGGCAGAUCAUGACCAAUCGGUCCAUACGAAAAGUAGCCGUCAUCAGGCAGCCAGAGGAUCGGUUUAUGUCUGGUGUGUUCGAUAAGGGGCAUAAGGUCUUAGGUCGAAAUAUAUACCAGAAGAUCGGCUGCGCGAAUGCUAACACAUGGAAAAAUAACACAUUAUCGGAAUUGUGUUGGUCCGCGGGGUUCAAAAAUGUAAGCAACCUCCAAGCUGCUGUAUUCGCUAAGCUCCCUUCAGCAAACGACCAUUUCAAAUCCCAAACUGAGCAGUGUAAGUUUCAUUCAGUGGCUUACGAUAACAUCGCUGACAUCUAUGAUAUUGGAACUUUCAUUGACUAUAUUGUUUCCUCUGCCAGCCCCAACUUUGAGCACACCCGUUCAUGGCUCAAAGCCAAGUAUACCUCCAAUCAUGACCUCAUGCACUCAUCAUCUGCCGUACACACUAAGGAAACUACCAUGCAGCAGGAGCAUUGCCACAAAUUUUAUGAUAUCUACCACGCUGACACAGAUGUAUACGAGUGUCUCGUGAAAGGCGCAGGGCCAUCUGCAAGUACGUGCGUGUGGGCUCCGUAAUUACUGCGGUAAGCUGGGGAGGUUGCGUCUUGCUGUCCCUGUCGCAAGUCGGGGAUGCCAUUUACUUGCUUAGUGCAUACUGUACUACCUACGGUUGCGAUAAAUAGGGCGAAAUACCCUUCUAUAUACACUUACUUCACACACAACACGCAAUGCGUAAUGCUAGGUUGGCACUAACCUGUUAAUUACCCGUCA